AUGUUCCUCUCAGACAGUCAAACUUUAGAGUCAUAUGAAUCAGAUAAUGUACCAAUUCACUCCAAUGAAGUUGAGAGAAGCUUCUUGAUAGCAGACUUAGCUUUAUAAUCUAAAAGAUAUGAUGAGGCCCUACUAGAGAUACUUUCAAUUUAGGACUUCUAUCAGCAAGAUCUAUCUGAAAAUCAAAAGAAUAUUUUGUAUUCAAGUUUUGCGAGUAUUAUGAAUCAAAGCUACAUGUACAGACUAAAGAGCUUGAAAAUCUAUGGACAAGGCUCAUAAGAUAAACUGCAAGUCUUAUUUGACACUUCAAGCAAAUACUAUGAAAAAUGCAUUGUAGAAUCAGUGAGACUACAUCCAAUAAACCCGAUAAGACUUUAAGCGAUCAUAAACUAUUCUGAAUUUCACAUAGAGUACAAUAAAGAUCAGCAAAAAGUGAUUUAAGCUAUCUAACAAGAAAAGAUCUGGUAUGAUGAAGCGUUUUCUCUGUAUCAUUCAGAUAAGGACUAAUAACUUACAUUUGAACAAGAUAGAGAAAGUUUCAAGCUGUUAAGUUAACUAAAUAGCAGAGUUAUGUCACAUCAAUACUUGCUUAAUAACAAAAGUUUAUGA